AACCUGGCCAACUUGAGCGUGGAUGAGUUUUUAACAUCCGGGUUUGAUUCUGAUUUGGAAGAUGAUUUGAUAGAAGAUACUCCAAAUUCUGGGGGAGAGGAGAAAAGGAAGUUGCCUUCAGAACUUGAUAGCAAAAGGAAACCAGGAUGUGAUUUGGUGCCAGGGGAAAGUUUUCAACACUCUUGUCUCCUUCUGUGUCCGGGACCUUUUCGUUCUUGUGCAAAAAUUGCUCCAAGUGAAAUCUGCAAAAAAUAAAUCAAAGUUAGUCCUGCCUUCCUCCAGUCUCUUGUGGAGCAAGUUACGAUUGGACAUCAAAAUGCACCUUGGCUGCACCAUUCAGUCCUUAAGCAAAUUAUUCGGCUCUGGAGCACCGGCGAUGAGGUUGUGAGAGUUUUAGCUUUUUUGAUACUCAACAAAUUUUGCCGGUAUAAACAGGAAGCUUAUUUGCCCUCCGUUCUUAAGCAAAUGUACAUUUCCUACGUCAAAAAUUCGAGAUUCACCUCCCCUAACGCCCUCCCUCUCAUCAACUUCAUGCAACGGACUCUAGUCGAGAUGUAUGCCCUGGAUCCCUCUGUGUCCUACCAACAGGCCUUCAUAUACAUCCGUCAGCUGGCCAUCCACCUGCGUGGGGCUAUGACCAUCAAAAAGAAGGAAAACUAUCAGUCGGUUUACAACUGGCAAUAUGUCCAUUGCUUAUAUUUGUGGUGCCGGGCUUUGAGUACGAUGCAUCCGAGUGACAUCAUGCAACCUCUGAUCUACCCUUUGACCCAAGUCAUCAUUGGCUGCAUUAA